GAGCUUAAACUGUUUCACUAUUACGUAGUUGCAUGCUGUGACAGAGAUUGACCUCUGUCUUAAGGACUUAAAGAAGUAUGGAAUACUCAGUGCUGCGUUUAUUUCUCAUUUUUGGCCUUCACUUUUCUCUGUGCUACUCAAAGCCUGUCAAUGACGGGAAUACAAGAGACACAAACGGACAGGAGAGAGAUUCGCCAUACGCGAUGAGAACUAAAUUGGAUGAAAUUGCUAACAGAGAUUAUGAAACAGUACAUGGUCGCAUCUUAGCAGUCAACAUGGCGCAUCUCAGGAAAAAAAGACAAACAGCGAACAUAGAAACUCAGUCAGGAGGAACGGUGUUUGACAGAAUAGAGGAAGCGAACAAUGGAAACAUUUCACAAUUCUACCAAGGCGACAUUGUGCUGGAUCCUGAGUUGAAGGAGUAUAUAAAAACUGGUGGCAACUCGCGAAAUGCAGUAAGAGGUCGUAAAAGACUGUGGACCAGUCGCAUCAUACCCUAUCGGGUCCCUUCGCACAUGGGUCAUAUAACUUCAAAUGUCCGUGUGGCCAUUAACGAGUUUCACAGAACGACAUGUUUACGAUUUGUAAAUUACUACAGUGGCUAUCAUAAAAACUACAUUGAAUUUAGCAAUAAAGAUGGAUGCUCAUCCAGGGUAGGAAAGAGAUAUCAUUCCCCUGGUAAACAAAUCAUCUCCAUCGGACCCGGAUGUAAUAACGUAGGAACCAUAAUUCACGAGAUAAUGCAUGCCAUAGGUUUCUUCCACGAGCAAUCACGGAUGGACAGAGAUAAAUACGUGAGAAUAAACUGGGAGAACAUUCUAACUGGAUUCUCAGACCAGUUUGAUAGAUACAGCUGGAGGACGAUCGAUCAUUUGGGUGUAUCGUACGACUAUCAGUCUAUCAUGCACUACGAUCGUCUUGCGUUUACAAAAAACGGAGAGCCAACCAUCGUUGCUGUUGGGAAUGAAAAUAUGGAAUUUGGUUCACCAUCCAGGAGGCUCAGCUCAAGAGAUAUUUUGGAAAUAAACGCUCUGUACGAUUGCAAAGCAAUAUUUACAGCUCCUAUUGAUGGACACUGGGGUCGCUGGUCAGAUUGGGGAAGUUGCAGCAAAACGUGCAAUGAUGGUAUCAGGAAACGCUUUCGAAGGUGUGACAAUCCCUCUCCCGCUCAUGGGGGGAAAAAUUGCCAAGGUUACGAGAGGGGGCAAGAAAUGUGUAUUUUGAAGAGAUGUCAUCUGGAAAAAGAUGAUGUAGAUUUUGAAAAUUCUCGUCUUGGGAUGUGGGGGAAUUCUAAUACUGACAACCUCAACUGGAAUUUUAAUCGCGGCUUCACAUCAACGAUCCACACGGGCCCUGACAAGGAUCAUACAAACGGUCAAGGCUUUUACUUGUACGUUGAAUCUUCAUUAACCCGCCCUGGACAAAGAGCAGAACUUGUGAGCCCCUGGACCCCGGCGAGGAGAGGCGGACAAUGCCUAAAAUUUUACUACACCAUGUACGGUAGUACAAUGGGAAGUCUGGCCAUCAAGCUACAAUUAUCAAACGGCAAAAACUGGCUUAUUUUCUACAAGCAUGGUAACCAAGGGAAAGGCUGGAAGAAAGGGAUGGGAAACAUCAAUGUUCCCCUGGGAUUGUCGUAUAAGCUAACUAUUCAAGGCACAAUAGGUCAGGCUGGAUACUCAGAUAUUGCCAUUGAUGAUGUGUACAUCGAUCCCGGACUAUGCAAGUGUCAAGAUGAUUAUUACACCUGUCAUAUCUGGGCGACCAAAGGUGAAUGUUCAGCCAACAAAAAAUGGAUGAAAGAAAACUGCAAGAGGAGUUGCAAUGUUUGCGGAGCUAUCAGUGCUACAACACCACCUCCCGCUAACUGUGAGGAUGACAGUCAAUACAAAGGUCAGUGCCCUGGUUGGGCUAAAAUCGGUGAAUGUCAGAAGAAUCCAGCCUGGAUGAAGCUUCACUGUCGAAAAAGCUGCAAGAUCUGCGCACCUGGUGUAACUGCAUGUAAAGAUUCGGACAAACGCUGUUCUGCGUGGGCCAAAACCGGUGAAUGUACCAAGAAUCCAUUAUGGAUGAAGCCAAACUGCAAGCUGAGUUGCAAGCAGUGCUAAAAAAAAUUCUGGUUCAGCUUUAAAUAACUUUUCAUUUUAAUACUUCUGCGGACGAACUAUCUUCUGCUGGAACUGAAAAUUCUGGGUGGUAAGAAAACGCAGUGGAUUGAAAUGAGAGGGGAAUCUCGGUGCGGAUAUCUAUCUUACUUUUAGCGAGAAUGAUUAAAAUGUCUCAUAACUUCGAGACUGAACCCUGUGAUUCACUUUAUUAAAAACUGACAUGAAAUUGCACGUCAUCAAAAUAAUAAAAAAAGGAUAUUGGGGAAAAAUGAAGUGGGAGAAGAAAUGCUCUGAACAGGUGAAAACCCUCGAAAAGGUAGGGAAGGUCGUGGUUACUCAUUGUGUCGAAUAUUCUGAUAUCAAGGUGUUAUCUUUUGUUUCACAAUGUAUUUUGCUCGUCUUCUCUAGGUAAGCCUCUGAUGUAUUACUGUAGUUCAUGAAGUUCACACUUCCUUUUGAUUGGCAGGUAUUCAAUACCUUUAAAGGCACACUUCUGAGAUUUUUGCUCUCUUCGAACCCCCUUUAUAUGGCUUUCCGGUCAUGCCAAUCAUAAAAAUCUAAGUAGUCUAUGGACCCUGUAACCUUUUGACAUGACCAGCAUCUAACUUCUCCCUAAGGUAUCACUGCUGAGUCAAACAUUAAAAUCAUGAGACUACAAAAAUGAUUACAAACUGAAGAACCUCUUGUUUGACAUACAAAUUCU